CCCUCACCAAGCCUGGUCGCUGAAGUCUACUGACAUUAUCAAGGAUGGUUCGAGCUACCUUUUUGGCCUUUUGCCUGCUCGGCGCGCUGUUCCUGGUGAUGCCGGCCGCUGCCUACCCCAGGUAUCUUGGCAACUACUACCGCACAGGAGUUCAAUAUGAACCCGAGCAAAUCAUGGACAUGCUGAACCGUCUCAACGAACUUAUGGAAAUGGAACGCAAGAUGGAAAACUUCAAAGAGGACAUUAUUGGCAGCGAGAAACGUGCUCUCGACAUGGGUCUUAACCGUGGAUAUUCUGGAGCUCUUCACGCCAAGCACCUCAUGGGAAUGGCCGCAGCUAACUACGCCUCCGGACCCGGCAGGAGGCGACGUGACGUCGAAUAAACAAAAACCAAAGUCUAGUCUAAACGCCGUCACCUUUUAUUGGGCUUCACAAUUGUCUAUGCUUAAUAUUGUUAAAUCAAUUUAUCCGUCAAAUUAGUGUAGAAAGUUCCAUAAUAUUAAUCGGCCUAUUUCCUAUCAAAAAUUUGAUAUACUCGUUUCAAAGAUAAUUUUUAAGCUUUUUGUCUUUACAGUUUUUUAUAGUCACUGAUUUCAACAAAAAAAAUAUAAAUUUAUUUUUGUUUUUAUUCUAUUUCCAUUCAAACAGUAUUGUUUCAGUAUUAAAAUAGUUCCUUAAUAUCUAAUCCAUAUUAGAAUGCUUGAAAUUAUAAUAUCUUUAUAUAAAUGUACGUUCUAUCGACAGUAGAUAAAUGUUGCUAAUGUAGUGAGUUCCGUGUUUCCUACUAACCUUUGUGAAAUUCUAGUCUAUUGUAAGUACCUCCUGUCUAGAGUUUAUUGUUAAUAAUAAAGAGAUAUACAUAUUUACAUUAA